CUCUGAGGGAAGCCCUCUUUCAUUUGGGCAGAUCUUGGAUGCUCUUUCUCAGAGGGAAAUUCUGAACACAGAUGCUGCAUUGAACCCUGCUUUGCUUAGAACUGAACAAAAAGUUAUUUUAUGGCAGCACAGUUACAAUUUAUAAACAACUUUUAUACGGCUUUUAAUACAUUUGCUGGGGAGAACCAAGUAAAGCAUGCAGUAGAUUUGCAUUGUUUAGAAAAAAAAUGCCUGUUUUGUUCUGUAACUUUUCAUUUGUAAAGAAGAGGUCAUGCUUUGUAGCAACUCAUAUUUGCAAUGGACUGGAAUUUGGAGUUGGUGAACUUUGGGGCAGAAGUCUGGACUAGGCAGCAGUCUGAGAUCUCAUACCCACAGAGAUAAGAGAAACAGAAUAAUUUAAAGCAAAGUAGAGUAAGGAAUUGCUUUUAUAUGCACAAGGUAUGAACUAAGCAGACCAGGAAGACCUGCAAAGAGGUUGUAGUGAGAUAGGGGUUGGCCUCUUCUCCUAGGUAACUGGGAAGAGACAGAAGGGCCUCAAGUUGAGUUGGGGAGGUUCAGAUUGGAAAUUAGGAGACAUUUAUUCUUGAAAGGAAUGGUUAUGCACAUAGGCUGCCCAGGGAACUGGUGGAGGUGGUUCCUGGAAGUGUUCAAGAGAAGGGUAGAUGUGUCACACGGUUAGUGAGCAUGGUGAGGAUGGGUUGAUGGUUGGACUAGAUGAUCUCAGAAAUCUUUUCCAACCUUAAUGAUUUUAUGAUUCAAAGGAGAUGUCAAAUAUAUUUUUUUUCAUGAUCUUUAUCCAGUAGGGACAUGACCACAAAAAUAUUGCUAAUGCAGUAAAUUGUAGCUCUCGUUUAGGUUUGAAAGAGCAAAUGCCAGUCAGCAUGGCCUCUUCCCAUGAGUGAUAAUGUGUGUGUUGGACUCAAGAUCUGGCUGUGAGUUGAUCCAACUGUCUUUAGCCUUUCACGUGGGAAGAAGCUGAAGGAUUUGCUUUGUCAGGUCUUUCCUCCCACUGUCCCCAUGAGUGGCCAGUGGUUGGUGCUCCAAAACAAUCUGGAUAUCUGCCACAAAAUGAGAGGAAAAAAUGUUGUUGAAUAAAGCAUAAAGGGGGACUGUUCUUGCCCUUGCUGCAAAUCUUGUGCCACUGAAGAGAAAUCACCAUUCCUUUCUCUGUUCCCUCCUAAGUUAUACAGGGCCGUUGACGAUGUUUUCUUUCUAUUCCUGAUGUGUUUAACCUAUUUAUGACUGUAAGGUUUUGGAAAAGGAAAAAGUUAAUCAUUAAAGUGUGCUUAGGCAUCCCAGGCUUCCCAGGGAAGUGGUCACGGCAUCAAACUUUAGAUACCACACUCGGACAUAGGGUUUGGAUUUCAGGAGCUUUUGUGUGGAGACAGGAGUUGAACUCAGUGAUCCUUGUGGGUCCCUUCCAAUUUGGAAUAGUUUAUGAUUCCAUGAUUCUACACAAUGGAUCCAGUGGAACUUUAUCCUUCAUCCUGGACAAAAUCUGCCAGGGAAUUGGUGUUUUGAAGACACUUACAGCUUCCAAUCCUCAUUCCCUUGGGAAUACAAACAUUUCUAAAUAUGUCACCAGCCAUGUGGAAGUGGACUUGCCUGGUUUCUCACCUCCUGUUAUCUGCCACAGUGUCACCUCUUGGGAGACAGCAGCCUCCCCACCCAAAGAGGCCCUUCAUCACCUUCACUGGAGACCAAACGGAGGGGAACUUCAACCAUUUAGUGGUUGAUGAAAGGACUGGGCACAUUUACCUGGGAGCCGUCAACAGGAUCUAUAAACUCUCCAGUGACCUGAAGGUCCUGGUGACCCACCAGACUGGUCCUGAUGAUGAUAAUCCCAAAUGCUAUCCUCCCAGGAUAGUCCAAACCUGCAACGAACCCUUGACACCCACUAACAACAUCAACAAAAUGCUCCUCAUAGACUACAAGGAGAAUCGAUUGAUAGCCUGUGGGAGUCUUUACCAGGGCAUCUGUAAGCUUUUGAGGCUGGAUGACCUCUUCAAGCUGGGAGAACCCUUCCACAAGAAGGAGCAUUACCUCUCCGGCGUGAAUGAGAGUGGCUCUGUUUUUGGAGUCAUUGUUUCUUACAGCAACAUGGAUGACAAGUUGUUCAUUGCCACUGCUGUGGAUGGCAAACCUGAGUAUUUCCCCACUAUCUCUAGCAGAAAGCUUACUAAGAACUCUGAGGCAGAUGGGAUGUUUGCAUACGUUUUCCAUGAUGAGUUUGUGGCAUCUAUGAUCAAAAUCCCCUCAGACACCUUCACCAUCAUCCCUGAUUUUGAUAUCUACUACAUCUAUGGCUUCAGCAGCGGUAACUUUGUUUAUUUCCUAACUUUGCAGCCUGAGAUGAUCUCACCACCUGGUUCCACCACAAAAGAACAAGUUUAUACCUCUAAGUUGGUCCGGUUGUGCAAAGAGGACACAGCUUUCAACUCCUAUGUUGAGGUGCCCAUUGGCUGUGAGAAGAACGGGGUGGAAUAUCGGUUGCUCCAGGCAGCCUAUUUGUCCAAGGCUGGAGCCAUUUUAGCAAGGUCUUUGGGUGUUGUCCCUGAGGAUGAUAUCCUCUUCACAGUCUUCUCUAAGGGGCAGAAAAGGAAGAUGAAGUCCUUGGAUGAAUCUGCUCUUUGCAUCUUUGUCCUGAAAGAAAUCAACGAUCGCAUCAAAGACAGGCUGCAGUCCUGCUACAGGGGAGAGGGGACAUUAGAUCUGGCCUGGCUCAAAGUCAAGGACAUUCCCUGUAGCAGUGCGCUGUUAACAAUUGAUGACAACUUCUGUGGCCUGGAUAUGAAUGCCCCCUUGGGAGUAUCAUCUAUGGUGCGAGGGCUCCCCAUUUACACUGAAGAUGGAGACAGAAUGACAUCUGUGAUCGCUUAUGUCUACAAGAACCACUCCCUAGCUUUUGUGGGAACCAAGAGUGGAAAGCUCAAGAAGAUCCGUGUGGAUGGCACCACCAAGAACACGCUGGAGUAUGAGAUAGUGCAGGUGGUGGACACUGGCCCCAUCUUAAGGGACAUGGCCUUCUCAAUGGAUCAUGAACACCUCUAUAUCAUGUCUGAGAAGCAGCUCACCCGGGUGCCCGUGGAGUCCUGCAGUCAAUACGAGACCUGCAGCGAGUGCUUGGGCUCAGGAGACCCUCACUGUGGGUGGUGUGUGCUUCACAACACGUGCACAAGGAAGGAGCGGUGUGAGCGCUCCAGCGAGCCUCGGAGAUUCGCCUCGGAGAUGAAGCAGUGUGUCCGGCUGACUGUGCAUCCCAACAACAUCUCUGUCUCCCAGUACAAUGUAUUGCUGGUCUUGGAGACCUACAACGUCCCUGAGCUGUCAGCAGGAGUCAACUGCACCUUUGAGGACCUGUCAGAGAUGGAUGGUUUGGUAGUGGGAAGUCAGAUCCAGUGCAUCUCACCAGCUGCCAAAGAGGUACCACAGAUCAUCACAGAGAAUGGAGACCAUCACAUAGUCCAACUCCAGCUCAAGUCCAAGGAAACGGGUAUGACCUUUGCCAGCACCAGCUUCGUCUUCUACAACUGCAGUGUCCACAAUUCGUGUCUGUCAUGUGUGGAGAGCCCUUACCGGUGCCACUGGUGCAAGUACCGCCAUGUCUGCACUCAUGAUCCCAGCACCUGCUCCUUCCAGGAGGGACGAGUCAAGCUGCCUGAGGACUGCCCACAGCUGCUGCAGGCCGAGAAGAUCCUGGUGCCAGUGGAAGUGAUCAAACCGAUCACGCUGAAAGCCAAAAACCUGCCCCAGCCACAGUCUGGCCAGCGAGGCUAUGAAUGCAUCUUGAACAUCCAGGGCAAUGAGCAGCGGGUGCCCGCCUUGAGGUUCAACAGCUCCAGUGUGCAGUGCCAGAACACUUCGUAUUCGUAUGAAGGAAUGGAGAUUAACAGCCUGCCGGUGGAGCUGACCGUUGUAUGGAACGGGAAUUUCAACAUUGACAACCCAGCACAGAACAAAGUUCAUCUGUACAAGUGUGGGGCCAUGCGGGACAGCUGUGGCCUGUGCCUGAAAGCCGACCCGGACUUCGAGUGUGGCUGGUGUGAGGGGCAGAACCAGUGCACGCUGAAGCAGCACUGCCCAGCCCAGGACAGCCAGUGGCUGGAGUUGUCCAGCACCAAAGGCAAAUGUACCAACCCCAAGAUCACAGAUAUCAACCCAGUGACAGGCCCUCGUGAAGGAGGGACUAAGGUUACCAUCCGUGGGGAGAACCUGGGGCUGGAAUUCAGAGACAUUGCAUCUCAUGUUAAAGUGGCUGGAGUGGAGUGCAAACCACUGGUGGAAGGGUACAUCCCAGCAGAGCAGAUAGUAUGUGAGAUGGGGGAGGCCAAGCCCAGCCAGCACGCUGGAUUUGUGGAGAUCUGUGUGGCUGAGUGCAAACCAGAGUUCAUGGCCAGGUCUUCACAGCUCUACUACUUUAUGACUCUGACACUCUCUGAUCUCAAGCCGAAGCGGGGACCUGUAUCGGGUGGCACUCAGGUGACAAUUACGGGUAAUAACCUCAACGCAGGCAGCAACGUCAUUGUGACCUUUGGGCGACAACCAUGCCUCUUCUACAGGAGAUCCACCAAGCACAUUGUCUGUAACACCACAGCCUCAGAUGAAGGCUUUGAGAAAGUAAAAGUGUCUGUGAGAGUGGACAAGGCCAAAAUACAUCAGGAGCUGCAGUAUGAAUAUGUGGAAGAUCCAACCAUCCUGAGGAUUGAGCCUGAGUGGAGCAUCUUCAGUGGCAACACACCCAUUGCAGUGUGGGGAACUCACCUAGACCUGAUCCAGAACCCUCAGAUCCGGGCAAAGCAUGGUGGAAAGGAACAUGUCAAUAACUGUGAGGUGCAGAACAGCACAGAGAUGACCUGCCAGGCUCCUGCGCUGGCUGUUGACCCCAAUCACCAAUCUGAGCUAGCUGAGCGUCCAGAGGAGUUUGGCUUCAUUCUCGACAAUGUGCAAUCCUUGCUGAUCCUCAACAAAACCAAUUUCACCUACUAUCCAAACCCUAUCUUUGAAGUUUUCAAUCCCUCAGGGAUCUUGGAGUUGAAGCCAGGAAGUCCAAUCAUACUGAAGGGCAAGAACCUGAUCCCACCAGUGGCAGGAGGGAAUGCCAAGCUGAACUACACGGUUCUGGUUGGUGAGAAGCCCUGUGUGGUGACUGUAUCAGAUGUGCAAUUAUUGUGCGAGUCCCCAAACCUCACUGGGAGGCACAAGGUGAUGGCUCGUGUAGGAGGGAUGGAAUUCUCCCCAGGGAUGGUCUACAUCUCUCCAGACAGCCCUCUCAGCUUGCCAGCUAUUGUCAGCAUUGCAGUGGCAGGUGGCCUGCUCAUCAUCUUCAUCGUGGCCGUGCUGAUUGCCUACAAGCGCAAGUCCCGAGAGAGUGACUUGACCCUCAAACGCCUGCAGAUGCAGAUGGAUAACCUGGAGUCCAGGGUGGCACUUGAGUGCAAAGAAGCUUUUGCAGAGCUGCAGACGGAUAUUCAUGAGCUGACAAGUGACCUUGAUGGAGCAGGGAUCCCUUUCCUCGAUUACCGAACCUACACCAUGAGGGUGCUUUUCCCUGGCAUUGAAGAUCACCCAGUCCUGAGAGAUCUGGAGGUCCCUGGCUAUAGGCAAGAACGGGUGGAGAAAGGCCUCAAGCUCUUUGCACAGCUCAUCAACAACAAGGUUUUCCUGCUAUCCUUCAUCCGCACACUGGAGUCCCAACGCAGCUUCUCCAUGCGCGAUCGUGGCAACGUGGCCUCACUGAUCAUGACAGUGUUACAGAGCAAGCUGGAGUAUGCUACUGAUGUCCUCAAGCAGCUCUUGGCUGACCUCAUAGACAAAAAUCUGGAGAGCAAGAACCACCCCAAACUGCUGCUCCGAAGGACAGAGUCUGUAGCUGAGAAAAUGCUCACCAAUUGGUUCACCUUUCUUCUGUACAAGUUUCUCAAGGAGUGUGCUGGUGAACCUCUGUUCUCCCUCUUCUGUGCCAUCAAGCAGCAGAUGGAAAAGGGUCCCAUUGACUCAAUCACUGGGGAGGCCCGGUACUCACUGAGUGAGGACAAGCUUAUCCGACAGCAGAUUGAUUACAAAACACUGGUCCUGAGCUGUGUGAACCCUGACAACGUGAACAGCUCCGAGAUCCCUGUGAAGAUCCUGAACUGUGACACCAUCACACAAGUCAAGGAGAAGAUCCUGGAUGCCAUCUUCAAGAACGUGCCCUGUUCCCACCGGCCCAAAGCUGCUGAUAUGGACCUGGAGUGGCGGCAGGCAAGUGGAGCAAGGAUGAUCCUCCAGGAUGAAGACAUCACAACCAAGAUAGAGAAUGACUGGAAGAGACUCAACACGCUGGCACACUAUCAGGUGCCAGAUGGAUCUGUGGUAGCUUUGGUCUCCAAGCAAGUCACUGCCUACAAUGCAGUCAACAACUCCACAGUCUCCCGAACCUCAGCCAGCAAAUAUGAAAACAUGAUCCGCUACACAGGCAGCCCAGACAGCCUCCGCUCCCGCACACCCAUGAUCACUCCUGACCUUGAGAGUGGAGUCAAGAUGUGGCACUUGGUGAAGAAUCACGAACAUGGUGACCAAAAAGAGGGUGACCGGGGCAGCAAGAUGGUUUCUGAGAUCUACCUGACAAGGCUACUCGCCACCAAGGGAACUCUCCAGAAAUUUGUAGAUGACCUCUUUGAGACCAUCUUCAGCACAGCUCAUCGUGGCAGUGCACUUCCCCUGGCUAUCAAAUAUAUGUUUGACUUCCUGGAUGAACAAGCUGACAAGCACAACAUCCAUGACCCCCAUGUGCGGCAUACUUGGAAGAGCAAUUGCCUACCAUUACGGUUCUGGGUUAACAUGAUCAAGAACCCACAGUUUGUCUUCGACAUUCACAAGAAUAGCAUCACAGAUGCCUGCCUCUCUGUAGUGGCUCAGACAUUCAUGGACUCCUGUUCAACCUCAGAGCAUCGUCUGGGCAAAGACUCACCCUCCAAUAAGCUUCUGUAUGCCAAGGACAUCCCCAGCUACAAGAACUGGGUGGAAAGGUACUAUUCGGACAUUGCCAAAAUGCCAGCAAUCAGUGACCAGGACAUGAAUGCAUACUUGGCUGAGCAGUCUCGCAUGCAUAUGAAUGAGUUCAACACUAUGAGUGCACUCUCGGAAAUAUACUCCUACGUUGGCAAGUACAGUGAGGAGAUUCUCGGAGCCCUUGAUCAAGAUGACCAAGCUGGGAAACAGAAACUUGCCUACAAACUUGAACAAGUCAUAACCCUCAUGAGCAUAGACAGCUGAGAACUGUCCUGCCAGGGACACCCUGGGAGGGAUAAACCAAGUCGUGCCUCACUCAAGAUCAUCAUCUUUACCAAGUGCAAGUUUUGAUUGGCUGUAAGCAGAGUCACCUGAACAGCACUCCUCUCUCUCUCUCAUUUCUUUCUCUUUCAAAAUCUGUGGACAAAGUGAGAAAUCCCCAGGGUUUACAAGAAAAGAUUGCAGAGGAAUCUUAGCUCUGGGGAUAUCAAGACAUUUAGGUGAAGCUCUCAUUUUCACAGCUUCCCCUCUGCCUUUAUUCUACAAGAGAAAAAAAAAGAACAAUUCCACAGAAACAAAGCAAGACAAAACAAAACCCUCCCCCAGCAUCGCAUCAUCACUCUGCAGAUGGGAAAUCGAGAGGUCACCUCUGUCAUGCUGCUUUAACUGCCCUCCUGGGGAUGUAGCCUCCGGAGUGGACAUAGAAAUGAACUCAGUAUUACUAAAUGUCUCCCCAACGGGAAGGCAGCUUGCCUGCAGGGAUCCUGAAGGGUAGGAGGAAAUCAAGAUCCUCUCCUGCAGAGCCAUUGCAACUCUAUCUCUUGAUAGGGACCCACUGGGAGAGGAACACCAAGGCUCCCCGCAAAAUGCCACAGCUCCGCCAGAGUGGGAACACUGUGGCUCUUAUCUGCCUGGGCAAACAGCGGUGUAGUUGCUCUCUUGGGGCAGUAGAAGGGUCAAGAAGGGAGGAUGGAGACUAACAGUCUCCUGCCCGUGUGAUUCAUAUGGUUAUUCUUAUUUUUCAAAGAGACCUGUGUUCCCCUCCGUCUUUCCCAUUGUGUCCUGUUGGUCGUAGCACUGCUGCAAAAAUGCUCUCUCUUCUCAGUGGCAUCCCAUUGGUGGUGUUUCUGUUCCUUCUGGCAAUGGACAGCACAGCAUCUCCUUUGCCCCACCUCAGCUUGGAAAGCAGGAACCACAAGUCUCGCUUUGUUCCAGACAAGGAGCGUGGCCUCAAAAAAACCAACCAGAGGGUGUUUUUUUUUAAAGCUGUUUGUUCUUUUCAUUUUUAUUUCCACAACUGAAACAAAGCUAUUUUUUUUUUUGAUGGAAUAUAAGAAGGAUAUUAAAGGGCUUGCUGUGAAGCAAGGUAGUGCAUAGGACUGAUGGUAGAAGCCUUCCUUCAAAGCCACUCUGAAGAGGAAAUAUCAUCAUAUACUUUGGAAGGAAAUCUUGGAAGAAGCCCAAACGAAACACUGCAAAAUUUUCUUCCAUCUAGAUACUCCAAGUCAAACUGCAUGUUUUCUGGAGAUGCACAAACUAUUGUAAGCUCAUUUGCCUUUUGGUGCCAACUCCUGGCCCUUGCUCUUUUACAUUCUGGAACCAGCAGGCCUUGUUGAAGGCACAAUUGCUGACUGUGACGUGUUUGCUCUCUCUUUGCACUUCCUAUCCUUUCAGAGAUCAUUGUCAUCACAGGACAAGGAUGGGUGAUCACCUUGUUCUUUCCUCUGUUCGGCUCCUCCAGAAGAUCUACAUCUCAAUCUAUUUCAAUGCCAACCAAAUAGGAAUGAGCUCCUGCAUCCCUUCUGCAUUUGGCCAGUUUCUCCUGCAGCUGCUGGCCUGUUUAACACUGUGGUUCAUUGCAGUGGAAGAACCAUUGCUGCAGAGCCUUGAGGGAACUGGAAAACCUUGGAUCUGGUAUACCACAGAGGCAGAAGCCAGGUCUGUGUUGAUCUCGCCUGAAUGGUGCUCAAUAACAAGUGGAGGAUUGGCAUCGUGUAAUGAAGAAUCAGUCCUCAUCCAUCUUUCACCAUCCUCCAAGCUACAGCCUUGGUUUACUUUGCAUCUGGGUAGAUGAAGGGGUAAAGACAGGGUGUGUAAAUUGAUUAUGGAACAAGUGUAUUUGGUUUUGUUCAUGCUUCUUGCUAGCAAGCCUGAACCUCUUCAGAGCAAUGGCUCAUAAGUGUGUGUGAAGGAGGAAGUGGUGCAGGCAGGGGUCAGAUAGCAAGCAGAUUCCAUUCAGCCAAACAUACACUCAAGUAAGCAAGUGUUUCUCAAACCAUUUAAAGAACAGCAGUCCAAAACUGGGUGCAUGUAUGGGGGGAGAAUAUCACAAGAUUCAUACUGAAACAGCAAACUUAGGGACACGUCUUGGUUUUAAAACCCCAGACAUUUCUCUUUAUUAUAAUUAUUAUUAUUUUGUGUGUGUGCGUGUGUGUAUCUGUGUGCGUGUGUGCGUUAUUUCCUUUUUAAUUUUGCUUGCUUUCUGUUUGAUCGCUGAGCUGAUGGACUCAUCAUGCACCUUAUGGACAUCUCAGCAUUUUUAAGAGGCCUGCGCAAAUGGGGAUGAUUUGGUUUGGUUGGCUCUGCCAUGGUUUUGUUGAUCCAUUUUGUAAUGCUGGGGCAUGUUCCAGAUCCAUUGAUUAUGGCUGUGAAAGUGGGGUAGAUGUCCCACCAGAGCCAGCAGUAAGAAAACUGCAACAACAACACAAACACAAUAUUUUUUAUAAGUACAUAAAAAGGAAAAUUAAAAAAAAAAAAAAAAAAAAAAAAGGAAGAAACCAAAGGUUUUGACAAACAAAGUGCCACGAAAGAUAAAUAUGGACCCUAUUGUCAUGCCUUGUACUCACAGCUGGAAGGUAGGAGUCUAAGGACAAAUAGCUGGCUUGGAGGGAAGUGGUUAUGAGUGAUGGGCUAUACUGCCUGGACAUGUGCAUACAAAAGGAAAAAGAAGCUGUUAAAAAAGAAAGAAAAAAAGAAAGAAAGAAAGAAAGAAAGAAAGAAAGAAAGAAAGAAAGAAAGAAAGAAAGAAAGAAAGAAAGAAAGAAAGAAAGAAAGAAAGAAAGAAAGAAAGAACAAAAAAAAACAAAUAAUCAAAGUGAACUGGCAUAAUCCUGCACUGUUACUGAAGUCAGAGGAACACCACAGGAGAAAUCUGAGACUCACCUUGCUUCUUUUUGAUGUUUUCAGGGCUGUGUUUUUGUUUUAUUAUGGUUGUUUUCCACCGUUGCUGGUUUAUUUCUUCUUGCUGGUACAGAGUUUUUCAACUGUAAAAAAAAUAUACGUAUAUUUCAAGAAAAACUUGAACACCUCAGAGACACUGAGAAUGAUACGCUUAUGGGAAAUGGGAAGCACCAUGAGAUUGGUAUCUUGAUCCCUCCCGAGUUCCCAUUUAGGCAUUUCCUUUUUUUCUCAACUCUCUUCUCUCUCCUACCCCAGGAUUUGAAAGAAGAUUUUGUAUUUCAAUUCUUUCAUCUCCUCCUCCUUUUCGUUUUACUUCUUCAUUUUCUUCUUCUUUAACUUUGGUGCUUAAGAUGGUUUUGGUUUUCACUUGGAAAAAUGGUCCAGAAUUGUGGUGUAAAUGUGUGGGCUUUGUCCUCUGUCCCAUUUGCUGUCCUCCUCCUUUCCAUCCACUGUUCCAGCAUCUACCACAGUCUACGAGAGGUCUCGGCAUCUUUCUUCCCACCCUCACCUGUUUGAGCUAAUUAUUUUUCUAAAUGCAUGUGAAAUACAAUUAAAAACAAAGACACAAGCAGAAGAAUGAGCCCUACUAUGACAUAGAUGGGUUCUUUUCCUCUUCCUUUGCCUUGUUACCCCCCAACUCCUCACUUUACCACAAGCUUGACCAAAAGUGUGCCAUGUGAGUUGUAUUUCACACUGGUUUUCAAGCCUCACAGUAAGAACAGGAGACAAAACUCCCAGAAGUUGACAGGUUACUGGUAUACCAGAUAACUGACUGAUGUUUCCAUUUUUUCUCAAACACUGCAAUCAACACAAUGAAUAUUGGCACUUUCAGUACCAUCAGAAAUAUGGAAAGAGAAUGUGAGUGAAGACUCCCUGUGGUCCGUCUUGAAGAGCAGAGUUUUUUCCAUUGCAGAGUUUGCUUUGAGAAUUGGUGUCUAGGUUUGAGGAACCAUUCUGCAACAUACUGUAUCCUCUUUGUGAGUGCAUUCACCUAUCAAUGUCACAAUGAGCUGAGGCACAAUCCAUCAUGUCACGUCCUUCUGCAGCUUGAGCCAUCAAACUGGAGUUGUGGGAAGAGUUAUCUAGAAGAAGGUGUUAGAGAUUGGUAGCUCUUGAACAAACAGCAUGUGAGAACUAGGAAAAAGGAGAAAUGUAGACUCUCAAGGGCAUCUUCAUCUCCUAACACACAUCAAUCCUUCUCUUCCCACACUUCACUCUGUCCUGAAUAUAUUUGAAGAUUUGGUCCAUUAUGGCAUACACCAGCCUUGCUCCAUUGGGCUUAAGCCAAUUUUCAACAUCUUAACCCCUGCAGUUGUCUUGCCAUACCUCUCAACACUAGAGAACAUAAAAAGUAGUUUCAACAUGAAGAGGAUUUACUAGCAGAAUUCAGAUUGGUAUUUGUUUUAAUUGAAAUGUGCUUACUGAAAGUUUUAGAUCUUGUGCAUUACAGGGAAAAAGACAGGAUAAUAUUAUUGUUUUUAUUAUUUAUAAUUAUGCUAUUGAAAACUGAUAGAUAAAGUUAUAGAAAUCCACGGUCACUCCUACUGUUGAGUAAAUCAACCUAAAUAGUACAUAGAAUCAUAGAAUUAUAGAAUGGUUUGGGUUGAAAGGGACCUUUCAGAUCAUUUAGUUCCAACCCCCCCUGCUAUAGGCAGGGACACCUCCCACUAGAGUAGGUUGCUCUCAGCCCCAUUCAGCUUGGCCUUGAAUGCUUCCAGGGAGGGGAUAUUCACAACCUCAGUGGGCAGUAUUAGCUAAAUGCUGGGAUACCUAUGGUGUAACAACCUAAGAAAAAGCAGGUAAUGCCAAGAGCAAAGUUUUACUUUGUUUUAAAGUAAGCCACAACACAAAAUGCAGAUCUGUAUUUUCACAUGGAAUAUGAAGAGCUUUGAGAAGAAAUACUUCUAUGUGGAAUAUUCGUCCAAAGGAAGUCUAAAAACCCAAAAGGACUGAGUUCCAGGGCUUCUCUUAGUGGGACAUACAGUUGUGUCUCCACCCUUGAGUCCUUUAAUAUACAAAAAAGAAAAACCUGGGCUGCUGGAGAUGACCAGAACUCUUCUCUCACAUCACCAAGGCAUCAGUAAUACAAGUCAUGCUUCACCCUUUCCCAGUAGCCAGAAAAAGCCCAUGAAGCAGAUGUAUCUGAUAGCCUGGAUAAGUAGUUUCAUGCUGUAAAGGGAAUGACAAAGAGGAAGAAAACUGGUUCUGCUUCUCGAACUCCUGGGGCAGGCUCUAAUAUGUAAGAGGUUUGUUCCAUCAUAGCAAUGUAUUGUUCUCUGGGUGAGCAGUGGCCACUGCUAAUAGGGGAAGAUGCCAUGACCAGAUAAGCACUUACCUGUAACCUCAUCAAUCCCUGAUAGUCCUUUCUUCUCCUUGGUUUAGCAUGUAGCUGAAGGAGCUGGAUAGAGGGCUCUGUUUAAAAAUGUGCAUGUUGGCCCCACUAGGUUUCUUUAGAUUUUUGGUAACUCACCAGAAAGUGCACUCAGGAGACCCAGUUUAUGUAUCUUCCACCCAUGAAUGAGGAAAUCAGUACAAAAAUCCAGCUCUUGAAUAAUUGCUCUUGUCUAAAUGCCUGUAAGCCCUCCUCUCCUGGAAGAGAAGGAAUCCCUGGGAUGACUAGGGAGUCCAGGAAUGGAUUUGAUUAUUUUAAUUAUUUACACAGGAAACUGUCUUUCUUUGUUGGCACAGGCCUCACUAUGACAGCGUUGGGUAAAGAGGUACUGACAUAACCUUAGUGAUUCCAGGGCAGUUUGGUCUGUGUUAUCUGAUGAGUAGUAAUAUAUUGUCCUUUGGGGCAGAGGGAGAUCUUGGACUGCCCUAGCUCUUGCCAUCCAAGUUUGGUUUGCUGUGGAGCAGACAGCUGAAAGCCAAGAGAUGCUCCACGUCAUGGUGUGAACCUCAGCCUCCUGGCCAUUCACUGCUUGAGUUUUCUUGCUUUGCAUCCAGCUUUGUCUCCAUUUCAGAGUAUAGUUGAGUCCAUAGUGUUCUGCAAUUAUCCCUCAUGUCUGCCACUGUGCAAAAUUCCUUCCCCUCUGAGAGUUGUGUUGUCCUAUGGAGGAUAAGUUAUGCAGAGAAUGCUCUGAAAACAGAGCUGGUCAAUCACGAUUGAUUUAGGACUUCUCAGUUCUCUGCACUGUUAGAGAAGCACCCAAGGACACAGUGGCUUAUGGCAAUUAAUUAAUAUGCAAAAGAAUGACAAAAGAAAAAAAAAAAGGAUUACACUUGGGAAGAAUAAAGCCACUACAAAACAAACAAACAAACAAAAGCAACAAAGCAGAGAGGAUAUAAAGCUGCUCAGUCCAACCAAUCUGUUACAUGCAUGAUUUCUGUUGUCACUGUCAUGGUUCAUUUUUUUGUUUGUUAAUCUUCUGUUCUAAAAGUGGAGAAUUUACCUCAAGAAUUUCUUUCUGCUUGGAACCAGAUCACCUCAAAGAUACCUGCAGCAAAGAGAAGCAUGCAGGGAAGCUCAGCAAAGUCAGCCUGCUUAUGGAAAAUGGGGGGAACAGGACAUUUAGGCUCUUUCAACAUCCCCUUCUCUUGCUGGUGUGAUUUGAAACUGAGGACAGUAUUUCUGAGCAGGAGAGGAUGCUGUUCACUUUCAGGUAGACUGGAACACAAGAACCAGUCAGAGAAACCAAGGCACACUGUCUGAGCUUGACAUCCUUUCUUAAAUAUCUUAAAGAAACUUGGUGUUACUUAAAAUUUCUUCACUGCUCUUUCCCCAUUUCCUGGAGAAAAUCCACUUUCCAGCCCAGGGUGGGGUAAGGAAGCAGAGAUUAGGUGCUAGCUAAAUGCUCCCAGCAUUUUCCCCAAGAUGAGAGGCAACUGGAUUAUUUAAUGCCACAAGACAGGCCCUUCCUAGUGUCUGACCCUGUGUCUUGAUGUACACACAAGCCCAGAAGUCUCAUUCUCUGUUUUUUGCUAAAGCUUCCACCUUAAGUACAAAAUCAAUGUAAAGACAUAUCCUUUCACUACAGUGUUACUAACAGCCUCAAAGAGAUGUCAAGACAGCAUUAGAAAGGAGGUUGGGAUCCCUUUUUUUUUAGGUUGUUGUUGUUGUUGGUUUGAUUUUCUUUUGAAUUGAUCCUAGUUAAAAAAUAAAAUAAAAUCUAUACUAUUUAAA